AAGGACAAAUAGAGUCGGCACUUUCACAAUACUCGGCUUCUGCUGCGUGCUUGACUCGUUUUAUGCCUCCUAAUGAGUUCGAGCGAAACACCCGCUAGUCGUAUACCUAAGCGGACGAGCCUAACCGCAGCAACUCGCCGCGUGGGCUCUUCUGCAUGUUUGUACGUGUGGCGUCACGCAUCGUCUUUGCCACAUGCACACCAAACGACUUGCCCAGUCGCACCUCAGGGCGGGUGCCGGUAACUUUUUCCUCGCACGUUAAGAAUCUCUGGCGUGUGCGCAUAUUAUUAUCUACGGAACGCAACAACUGUACGCGCCCGUGCUGGUGGGCGCAAGAAUUUCUGCCGUCGACGAAAUCAAGUGACAGAAAUGAGGCGACAGUCACUCUUGCAACACGCGCAGUAGAUAAACCGAAGGAACAGGACUUUGUAGCUACAGAACCUUACAGAAGGUGAAAACGUGCUCCUCUCUCUCUUUCAUUUCAUUCGCGAACAACAAAAAGCAGUCGUCUCGCAGGGCGCAGCGCAUUUCUUUCAUCGGGCAGAACGAAUCGGCACGACCAUGAGCUGCAGCCUAAACGCAACGACGUGUGGCCCGCCGUGGCCCCCCCAGAGUGAGCUCAGUCUCAUGCUGGCCUUGACGAACCUGUUGGUGCACGCUCCUUUCACAGCCCUGCCUGUGCUGCGAGACUACGAGCUGGGGCAGCUGCGGCAACAGUACUACAUCAUCGUGGGUGGUGGCUCUGCUGGCUGCGUGAUCGCCAACCGACUCUCGGCAAAGCCCGAAGUCACGGUGCUGCUUCUCGAAGCCGGAGGACUGGAGACCGCUUGAUGCCAAAUUCCGGCUGUCGCACCGUUUAACUUGAGAGGUCACGACGACUGGGACUACUGGAGAGUCCCGUAGAAGAACGCCGCCCUCUCCUUCCGAGAGCAGGUGCUGCUUUGGUCGCUGUGAACUGACAUGGAACAAGCUUCUGCGGCUGCGCCAUUCUUCGUCCCAGGCAUGACCCGAGCAUUCAGCUGGAAAGUUUGGACGACGUUGCUGAUAGCCCGCUAAGCUGCUGUCCAAAGUGGCCGCUGCCAGCUUCCACAUCGCACCGAACCAUGGCACCUGGAUGUGUCACCGGACCAUAAAAGGCGCUCCCGAAUCAACAGUGCUCCGCAGUCGGUGGCGAAGCUGUCAUCGAAUGCUCAUCGCCACGUUUGUCUUGGAAGGUGGGCCAUUAAUUUUAAGGGCAUAGUUGUUUGCCAGUGCUGCCGACUGCUGCCUAGUUAUGUUGAACCUUGUGCUGAUGCUAUAAGUAUGUUUUGCUUUAUUGUGUUGAACAUUGUGCUGAUGUGAUAGGUAUUUUGUGAACAGUAUAUUCAGCCUUGUCAAUUUUUUUUGUGCACCCGCCGUGGUU